AUAACAACAUUCCACAAACACAUAACAUUUCUACCGAAUUGAACAACAUGACCAUGAGUGGCGAAUCUGGAACUUCCAAAAUUGCAAACAAGGGUAAAACGGGUAAAACUGCAUCUCGCUCACAGUAUAAACCUGAGAAGUGGAUGCUACUUGAUGAAGGAGAAGAUCGUCUGAGUCAGCUAAAUCUUGCUAUUGUUGGGCAUGUGGAUUCUGGAAAGUCAACACUUUCAGGAAGGCUGCUACACCUUUUGGGACAAAUAUCUCAGAAACAAAUGCAUAAAUUUGAAAAGGAAGCUAAGUUACAGGGGAAAGGUUCGUUUGCUUAUUACAUAUUAAUUUUUUCCCUAAUCAUCUAA